GCAAACGUGUUCUGAACCGCCCGUUAUAGAUGUCGAUCACUGGCUUCGACCUCUCCUUACGGAAUCUCUGCUCUCCAAACAUUCCUCAGUUUGCCUUGAGAUUCAAAUUUCCCGCUCAAGUUCGCCGGAAAACCGACUAUGGGUGCAACUGCACCUGCACCGCCGUUAGGCCCGCCCUUUGUUCAACAUCAUCAUCAUCCUCGACCGCUGUUUCUGAUUCAAGGGAUGCAGAUGAGAAUCAUGUUCCCACUUCAUAUGGCAGGAGAAUGAUGAUUUCCGUGUUUGGAUUUCUUUUUCCUCUACAUGGAUCAAUGCAAAGUUCUGGUGCUAAUGCUGCAGAUGAUCUACUCUUGUUACAGGGAGAGAUAAGAAAAGUAUUGUCUAAGGGGAAGGCUGCUGGUGUCCUUCGCUUGGUUUUUCACGAUGCAGGAACGUAUGAAAUGGAUGAGGAUUCAGGUGGUAUGAAUGGCUCUAUAUCUUUUGAACUUGAUAGACCUGAAAAUAAAGGUCUUAAGAAAUCAUUGAAGAUUCUUGUGGAAGCGAAAAAGAUAGUGGACGAGACGCAACCAGUGUCACUGGCCGAUAUGAUUGCUGUGGCUGGAGCUGAAGCUGUCUCUUUAUGUGGAGGUCCAAAAAUCCCGGUUCAAUUAGGCCGAUUAGACUCGAUGGUUCCUGAUCCCGAGGGAAAACUUCCUGAAGAAACAUUGGACGCCUUUGGGCUGAAACAUAGUUUCCAACGAAAAGGUUUUUCAACACAAGAACUUGUAGCAUUAUCUGGUGCUCAUACUCUUGGAAGCAAGGGUUUUGGAAAUCCAGUUAUUUUUGAUAAUGCAUACUACAAAGUACUGUUGGAAAAGCCAUGGCUAUCUUCAGCAGGAAUGACAAGCAUGAUCGGUCUUCCUUCAGAUCGUGCGCUCAUCGAGGAUGAUGAAUGCUUAAGGUGGAUCUCAAAGUAUGGUGACGAUCAAGAUUUGUUCUUCGAAGAUUUCAAGAACGCUUAUAUCAAACUCGUUAAUUCUGGUGCAAAAUGGAGAAGGAACUCAUAGUUCCAAUGCAGCAUCCUUCAAACAUACUGUAAGCACUUUGUUUCAUAUCGGCAUAUAUAGUAGAAUCCAUAACUUACAUUUUUGUUGAGAAUUACUUCUGUCACCUUCAAUUUUAGAUACAUGUUCAAUAAAAAUUGCAAUGUUUUAUUA